AGCCACUGCAAGGCACGGCAGCCCCUAACCAGCUCCUCUCCCCCCAUCUCCGUCUCGCCCCUGCCUUUCUCUCUGCCUGGCAGAGCCACUGCAAGGCACGGCAGCCCCUAACCAGCUCCUCUCCCCCCAUCUCCGUCUCUCCCCCGCCUUACUCUCUGCCUGGCAGAGCCACUGCAAGGCACGGCAGCCCCUAA